UGCAGAUAUCUAUAGAUUUUUUUUUUAUCAGAUGGUGUCAGAGGCAGGAUCUGAAGUGGAGCUUCUAGUAUCCCCAGGAGCACUAAGUGAACACAGAAGGUACCUGCAGGAUCCAAUUGCGUCCACUGAUCUCUCAGAGAGGCUGAGGAUAAUAUAGUUUCUUCUUGAAGGUCUCAAGGUCUGAAGCAUCCCACAGAAUGAUCCUACUGAAUAACUCCCAUAAGCUACUGGCCCUAUACAAAUCCUUGGCCAGGAGCAUCCCUGAGUCCCUGAAGGUGUACGGCUCUGUGUAUCACAUCAAUCACGGGAACCCCUUCAACAUGGAGGUGUUGGUGGACUCCUGGCCCGAGUAUCAGAUGGUUAUUAUCCGGCCUCAAAAACAGGAGAUGACUGACGACAUGGACUUAUACACAAACGUAUAUCAUAUGUUCUCCAAAGAGCCUCAAAAAUCACAAGAAGUUUUGAAAAACUGUGAGAUCAUCAACUGGAAACAGAGACUCCAAAUCCAAGGCCUUCAGGAAAGUUUAGGUGAGGGGAUAAGAGCGGCUGCAUUGUCAAAGUCAGUGAAGGUAGAGCAUUCGACAGCAGUCCUCUUGGUUACGGAAGAUAUUCUGAAGCUCAAUGCCUCCAAUAAAAGCAAGUUUGGAAGCUGGGCUGAGACAGGCCACCCAGAUGAUGACUUUGAAAGUGAAACUCCCAACUUUAAGUAUGCCCAGCUGGCUGUCUCUUAUUCUGGGCUGGUAAAUGACAACUGGAAGCGAGGGCAGAAUGAGAGGAGCCUGCGUUUCAUCAAGCGCUGCAUAGAAGACCUGCCAGCAGCCUGUAUGCUCGGCCCAGAGGGAGUCCCAGUCUCAUGGGUAACCAUGGACCCUUCUUGUGAAGUAGGAAUGGCCUACAGCAUGGAAAAAUACCGAAGGACAGGCAACAUGGCACGAGUGAUGAUGCGAUACAUGAAAUAUCUGCGUCAGAAGAAUAUUCCAUUUUACCUCUCUGUGCGGGAAGAAAAUGAAUACUCCCGCAGAUAUGUGGGGCAGUUAGGUUUCUUUGAGGCCUCCUGUGAGUGGCACCAAUGGAUUUGCUAUCCACAGAAUCUAGUUCCAUUUUAG